AUGGCAGUCUCAGAUGAAGCCCCGUCAUCCCCAGGAACAGCCUACAGACUUUACAAGACCAUCUCCAAUAGGCAUCAGUAUUACCUAGACAGAGUCACCCCACAUGGAACAGCGAGAUGGGUGUUUGCUGUAUUUCUGUUUCUCGCUUACAGCAUUAGAGUCUACAUUUUACAAGGUUGGUACAUUGUAACAUAUGCACUGGGCAUAUAUCUGCUGAAUCUGUUUAUUGCCUUCCUGACACCUAAGAUUGACCCAGCUGGCAUCGAGGAUUCUGUUGAUCCAGAAGAUGGGCCAUCGUUACCUACGAAAAAUAAUGAAGAAUUUCGGCCAUUCUUGCGGAGACUGCCAGAGUUUAAAUUCUGGUACUCGUUCACUAAAGCUGUUUCGGUGGCGGUGAUCUGCACCUUUUUUGAUGCCCUGAACAUCCCAGUCUUCUGGCCCAUCCUGGUGAUGUACUUCAUCAUACUCUUCACGCUGACCAUGAAAAACCAGAUAAAACAUAUGAUCAAAUACAGGUAUCUCCCAUUUUCCUAUGGCAAAGCCCGAUACAAAGGCAAGGAGGACACUGGAAAAGUAGUCGCAUCAUAA